AUGCAGCAGGCCGCUCUGAAAGUCUCCCAGGGACGCUUGUUGUUCCUUUCAUGGAAUGCUGGAGGACUGUCCCAGGCCCUGUGGCAGGAAUUCUUGCUAACACUUGAGAAUAUGCCACCUGACGAUAGACCCCAGAUCGUGUGUGUUCAAGAAACUCAUUGGACGGAUAAGGUGGCGCCUCAAUUCCCCACUGCUACGUGGGAUGUGUACACCUCCCCGACCACUGACAACAAAUCUGCUGGGCUCCUGAUUCUCCUCAACAAGCAGACUACCCGUAACUGCAGAAUUGUCUACGCCGACCCUCAACCGGGCAGGGUGCAACACCUGAGGAUACUCCACGACCAAUGGGCAGUCGACCUGCUGCACAUCUAUCAAAAGCCGCACAACUCUCAUCCACUCGCCCUGCAAUCCUCCAAAACCAUUCGCUUAGCUGUUUGGGAGUGCAUUGGUCAGAUCCUGGCGGCUCUACCUGCCCGCAACACGGUGAUCAUGCUUGGAGAUUUUAAUACCCAGAUCAAGCCAUGUGCUGCAGCUGGCACCAGGAUCUGCUCAGGCAACAGCUCGGGUACACAUCCGCCUAAUCAGGCACGGUUGCAGCAUCUUGUCGAGGACUUCUCCCUCCUACACCUCAACUCAUGGUGCAAGGCUGCUGGCCCCACGUACCAUCACAACAAAGGUGCUAGCCUCAUUGACCAUAUCAUCAUGCGUUCUUGCCAAGCGGAUGAUCGUGCUCGGCAGGCUAGACCUCUCCGCCUGGGACUAGCCGCAUGGAGACUUGGUCAGCAUCGACUAGCGCUGUGGCAGACACCACCAAUGCAAGAUGGUAUCCGAUCCAUGUGGCAGGCCUACCGAGCCUGGAAGACUGCCAAAUCUCAAGAUCGGCACAAUCCGCUUUAUGUAUCCAGGUGCUAUCAUCACUUCAAGACGGCACACAAGGCCUUUCGUCACGCCGGGAAAGAAGCUAAGAAGCACUGGUUCCAUGGCAGGCUCCAGGAACUACAGGCUGCCGCCUAUUCGGGUGACUCCCGCAAACUUUAUGCUGGCAUCCGCACCCUUGUUCAACUGCGUGAUUCUGGUGGUCAUCUGCAGGACCCUAAGAUCCAGCUACAACAGCUGGAAACGCACUAUCGUAAACUAUAUGCUGCAGACGAGGAUACCAGCAUCCAGGGCCCUCAGCGGACACCCAUUCACAUCGAGGUCACGGAGGCCGAAAUGACCCUGGCACUUUCGCAAUUGUCGCCCCACAAAGCUACACCUCCGAAUCUAGCCACAAACUCUUUAUGGAGGCUGACCUCGGACAUUGUCGCGCCUCUCUUGUGCCAAUGGUUCCUUAUGGACCAGGCACAAUUUGCAUAUCUACCGGGUGCACAACUCUCACUGGACUUGUCCAGCGCUUUCGACCUCAUGGACUGGCGCUUGCUGGACAAGGCAUUACUUGCAUCUGCUGUCCCGGCUGAGUUACGACACCAAAUCAUGUCCUGGCACUCCGAGAUUUCCUAUGUCCUUACCCACCUUGGGCACACUGCCAAAGUGGAGGCCCAACGAGGGCUUAGACAAGGGUGUAAACUGGCUCCGUUGCUCUGGACACUUGCCCUAGCACAGAUAUAUCGUGAGCUCCUUGCAGAGGGGGACCCGCUCCUCACAGCCCCUUGGCUAGAACAAAGCUCCACGAUUUAUGCAGAUGAUAUCCACCUUAAAGAUACCGUGCAGAACACUCGUGAGCUGGACGACAUGGUGUCUCGCUUUAGUAAGAUCCUCGAUGCUCUUGCCGCCCAUGGUAUGGUCAUCAACUCGGCCAAAUCAGCACUGCCAAACAAGCAGUCACCUAUCGGCUACAGGCUGCGAACCAGGCAUGGCAAAGACUUCGUGGUGUACUGUGCUCCACCAGGUGCCAAGGACAUCCAGCGUAUGCAGCACAUGAUGACCAAGCAGGUUCGAGCCAUCACCCGAUCUUUUGCACAUCUUCAGAAAGAAUCCACACACGACCUCCUGCACAGAUGCUCUCUGUUUACCAUCUUGGAGUGGAAACAGCUCGAGACACAGCCGCUACGCUCCACCUACAAGUGCAACGCCAAUGGCAGGUACCUCUUGGUGACAAAGAAGGCAUCACUGACCCUGCAGUACACCAGUGCCAGGAAUGUCAUCGGGUCUUUACCUCCUUUCGGUAUGCACAUGGAACAGAAGGACUUCCAACGUGCAGACAUUGUGCCCAUCCCUUCCGACAAUGGGUGGACUGACCUCCUUGAGAAGCCGGAGAUCUACUCGUAUCUCCAGCACCACUGCCCGCUGUGUUAUCAGUGGCUAGCCACUCCUACCAGCAUCAAGUAUCAUCUCACCAUGCAACAUCCAGAGUGGAAAGACUGCCAACCUCGCAUCAUGACGCUCACCGCGGAUCCCAUGGAGCUGGACGAACAGGAGAGGCAAUUUUGGGCCCAGGCUGGUCCGGUCAAACGGGAACAGGAACCGAGAAGAGAUAUGCUGCACCAAGCCGAGCAAUCCAAGAGGCAGCGUCUGGCGCCGCAGGACCGGAACAAGGGCAAGGGCAAGGGUACCAAGGGCAAAGGCAAGGGAAAGCAGGGCCUACCAAGUCCACCCAGUGCACACCCGGCCAUGGGUUACACAAAUGGUUUCGGAAGCCAUCCACCCAAUCCCUGGACACAGACACAGGACCUGCAGCCACUGGGAAGUCAGGAUCCAGAGUGGAUGGAGUACAGGAUGAAUCGACUAUCUCAGCUGGUCCUUCGUCAGGAGCAAAUCAUCUCAGCCAUCCGUCAGGAUCUGGUCCUCUACCUCUUCGUACGAUCGGGGCCAGAAGGGAUGGUGCCAGUUCUCUGCGAAGCAGCGGAGAAGUGGAGGAAGAUGAAAGAGGAAGAACCCGAGAAGAUCACUUACUCCCUCAAACUCAUGCUAUUCAAGCAACUGCUCAUCACCUUACACCAGAGGUUGACCAACAUGAUCGCGGACGAGGAUGCUCUCGCCAAAGCCAAGAACCUGAACUGGAUCGACGAUCAGAAACAUUGGAAACAUCUCACAUGGAAUCCUUCCAAACAAUGUCUGGAAGUCGACAACUCAGUGAGGCCAAUACCGGCGGAGGAUCUGUUGGCCCAACUGGUUCAGAUGAGGAAGGCAGUUACGGAAGAGACCCUGGUGAGGUUCAAGUCCAUGCGGAAGCUCACCACGGAGGUGACCUCCGACUGGAUUCAAUUCCAGAUCUGCUUGUCACUUCGCCCAGAGGGAGGAGCCAUGUGGAGUACGCUGAACCAGUGGAUCGGUCAAGCAUCGUGGCACACCCUGGGAUGCAGGCUCCGUCGCGAUCGACCGAACUACGACACCCUGGUCCAGGAAGUGUGGCAACAUCAGUGCUCCAUUCGGUACCGUGGCUUAUGCUGCUGCAAGCUUGGCAUUCUGUACAUCGUCAGCAUGAUGCAGCUGAGUCCAAGCUUGGAGCUUCAGGCAGCCAUUGAUGGGUGGAGUGCUCAGGUUACAGCCCGUUAUGCACUGCUGACCCCGUCUCCCAUGCUCUGCAUACAACUUCAGCGCUUCGCGAAUGCCGAGGGAGUCAUGCGCAGGGACACCAGACCACUGGUUGUGGCCUCGACUACAGUUCGUAUGCCACUCUUUACAGGUCUGCACACUAUGCAAGUUCGCUAUGUUCACUACCAGGUCGUCGCCGUACAGCUUCACUACGGGGAGAGUAUCUUCGUCUACAAAACUGCCACGGGUGAGAAGUUUAAGCAGACGAUGGUCUUGCUCAUUGUGGAGCACACAGUGUCAGCCCUGGUGGCCCUGGGGAUCAUCAUGUUUGGCCCUGGGCCCAAGAACAAGUGGCUGCCAUACCUCCAGUCGCAGGGCAUCGUUGCUUGUGCUCAGUGCGGAGCGAAGUUUGCCUCGAACGAGGCGCUGAAGUCCGUGUCCUACCCCAUCCAGGCGCUGGCGAAGUCCUCGAAGACCUUGCCAGCUAUGCUUGGCUGCCUCUGGAGUGGUAAGCGAAUUACCACACUGCAGUGGAUCGCAGCCAUUGGCAUCACGCUGGGGACUGCCGGCUUCUCCAUGUCGGGUAAGAAGGGAGGAGACAUCGAGGCGAAGCCCCUCGGAGUCCUACUUCUCGUGGUGUCGCUUCUCUGCGAUGGCACUGUCUCCGCAGCGCAGGAGAAGAUGAGAAGUCAGACUGCGCAGCUCUCACCGUACGAGCAGAUGUUCAUGACAAAUGCAGGGGCAGCGCUGCUUCUGCUUCCGGUUUCAUUCCUGACCGGCCAGCUGAACGCAGGUGUCAAGUUUCUCUUCGAGAACUUCACGAUUCUUGAUGAGAUUGCCAUCUUCGCUAUCUGCUCGGCGCUGGGGCAGGUCUUCAUCUUCUUGACGAUUGCUUGGUUUGGACCCGACACGAAUGCGAAGAUCACGACCAUUCGGAAGAUGGCCACGGUUCUGAUCUCCAUCGUGUGGUUCGGCCAUAGCAUGGCCAGCAUGCAGUGGGUCUUUGUCGGACUUGUCUUUGCAUCCGUCAUCGCAGAGAUCAGCGAGAAGCUGAUGAAGCACAAGAAGAAUGGCGAUGCAAAGAACGGCAAUGCGAAGAACGGUGAUGCCAAGAACGGCGACAAGAAGGGGGACAAGAAGAAGCAGUAG